AUGAGAUAUUGUGAUAGGGAACGCGAGUUUGGUGCAGAGCGUUUGAUCAACGACUACUUCGGUGACAGCCCAACGUAUACUCCAGAAAUCUUCCGGAGGAGAUUUCGCAUGCAGAAAUCGUUAUUCAUUCGAAUAGUGGAAGCUGUUACUGCUAAUGAUGAGUUUUUUCAACAGAGACGAGAUGCCACCGGCAGAGUAGGUCUUUCAGCAUUGCAGAAAUGUACUGGAGCCAUGAGGGUGUUGGCGUAUGGGACAUCUUCCGAUGUUGUUGAAGAGUAUCUACGAAUGAGUUCAUCUUCCACAAGAGAUGCUUUAGUCCAUUUUGUGGAAGGUGUUAUUUCUUGCUUCAGUGGUACGUAUCUCAGAAGGACUAAUGAACAAGAUUUGGCAAGGCUGCUCUAUGUUGGAGAACAACGUGGUUUUCCGGGCAUGAUUGGCAGUAUUGAUUGCAUGCAUUGGGAGUGGAAAAAUUGUCCUAAUGCAUGGAUCGGCCAUAAUACUGGGAGAAGUGGAAAACCAACGAUCAUUUUGAAAGCUGCUUCAUACGACUUGUGGAUAUGGCAUGCGUUCUUUGGAACACUAAGUUCGUGCAAUGAUAUUAAUGUACUCCAUCGAUCUCCUGUUUUUAAUGAUGUCUUAGAAGGUCGAGCACCAAAGGUUAAUUACUUAGUGAAUGGUCGUCAUUAUGAUAGGGUAUAUUAUUUAACUGAUGGUAUAUACCCUUCAUGGGCUGUAUUUGUCAAGUCAAUUACUUCCCCACAGAUUCGCAAACACAAGUUGUUCGCUCAACACCAAAAGUCUGUCCGAAAAGAUGUUGAGCGAGCAUUUGGAGCAUUUGGAGUUCUACAAGCCCAUCUCUAA